AUGGAAAACAGAUCACGUGGUUAUGGCAAAACAAUUCAAACUCCGGUGCAGGGCUUCACUGUGAGAUGUGUUUUAUUAUUAUUCAAGCUUCGAAGGCUCCAUAACGUCGAACCGGUUUACACUGAAGCCUGGGAAAAGUUUUCCCCUGUCCUGAGGAUUAUAACACACUACUACAGUGAUAAUGGUGUGUCUGAUACAGAUCAAGUGUCAGUGAAGAAGGGGGAUUCACUAACUCUACACACUGAUGUUCAAACAAACCAACUAGAGGAGAUUACGUGGUAUUUUAAUAACACCCGUAUCGCUCAAAUCAAUGGAGAUCUCAGUAAGAGCUGUACAGAUGUUCAGUGUAAUAAAGGCACUGAGAGAUUCAGAGACAGACUGAAGCUGGAUCAUCAGACUGGAUCUCUGACCAUCACAAACAUCACAAACACAGAUGAUGGAGAAUAUAAACUACUGAUCAUUUUUCUCCGCAGCAUCAGUGAAAAGAUCUUUGCUGUUGUUGUUCAUGGUGUUGCUGCUGAAGUGAAGAAGAGAAAGUCAGUGAAGGAGGGAGAAUCUGUCACUUUAGAGACUCCUGUAGGAAAAAAUCCAAACGAUGUGAUGACGUGGUAUUUUAAUGAGAUUCUCAUCGCUGAAAUCACUGGAGAUCAGAGUAAGAUCUGUACAGAUGUUCAGUGUGAUGAGAGAUUCAGAGACAGACUGAAGCUGGAUCAUCAGACUGGAUCUCUGACCAUCAUGAACACCAGAAACACAGACUCUGGAGAAUAUGAACUAUGGAUCAUCAUCAGCAGCAGCAGCAGCAGCUUCAGCAUCACCAGCAUUAAGAACUUCAGUGUUGCUGUCAACGGUGAGGAUUCAGUUCGGUCUUCAGGUCUUGCAGCAGGAAUAUGUGUUGCUGUUGCUCUUCUUCUGGUGUCUGGAACUGUUGGUGGGAUUUAUUAUUGCCGCAAGAGAUCUAGAAAUGAUGAAGAAAAACCUCAUGAGCGGAGAGGAUCCCAACUGGAUCAAUGCGAUGAGGCCGCAACAUUAUUCUUGCCAAAGCAAACUUUAAAAAGCAUUAUUCUAAAAAACACCAUGUCUACACCAGAUGUGACCGUACAGUGCGCGUGAUUCGAAUUUCAUCAUCAAGAGUACAUGCGUACUGUACGUGCACCGACAGGUCGCAUAUGCACAUUUAGUAAUUAGUUUAUCCUUAAAGUGGCAGCCUUGCCCUGAGGGUGUCAAUUCAAAAGGUAAUUAAAGAAAACCUGCAUUAACAGAACAGACCAGAACACAUGCAAGCUACAGCGACGAUAGAGGCCUACAUGGACAAGAGAUUGUGUGAAGAGGUUAGAAAAUACCCUCAUUUGUACAACUCUAGCAUGAAAGAACACAAAGACGUUUACAUGGGUUGAAACUCGUGACGAGAUAUUGCUCUAAACUGUACUUGCGUCGAAGGCUGUGCGUUUGUCUGCGUGCAUACACUAGAGUACGCAUAAAAAAAGGAUACUCGGGGCAUAAUGGCUUUUAUUGCCUUUUGUCGCAUUGUGUCAGUCACGUCCGGUGUAGACAUGGGGCAUAUUCUUCGUACCGCGCUUAAUACAUCUGAGAUGAUUUGACAGAUGCCAGAUCUUCUAAUCGUGAUAACUGAACUCUGGCUAAUUUGGUUCUUCAAAUGAAUUUGCAGAUUGGAUUAAAAUAUCUGGAUUAAGUUGUCUAAGAUUACUGGGUGUUCUCGUGUUCCAUGAAAAGGGCAGAUGUAUCAAUACACGAAACCACGAUCAGCAAUGUAGCGAUUGGCUGGAGUCAAGACGGCAACGUAAUGACAUCAUAGAAUGAGAAAAGACACCUGACGAAAAACUUGACGAAUUUCUAGACAUUUAUAAGGAAACAGCCAAGCGAAUAAAUGACAGAAGAACGACAUAAAUGUUAUAAUAGAUAAAUGAAAUGUGCACUAUUUGUUU